AUGUGGAGCUCGAGCAUCCUCCUCCUCGCACUCGGCGCCAGCGCGAGCAAAACGGAAUGGGCAAUCGUCAACCUCAUCCGCCACGGCGAAAGGACGGACAACAAAACCAACAUUGGGCUGUCUCCCCACGGGAAGCUGCGAGCUAAAUACAUCGGAAAAUGCGUGGCGCAAAACGAGCCGAGCUUUGCCUUCCCGUUGGGCCCGCCCACGCACAUGCUGGCGAGCCGGCGGCUAGGACCCGAUGGCAAGUCCAAGUCCGACCGACCCCACGACACCAUCAAGCCGCUCGCCGACAAGCUCGGCCUUAUUAUGAGUAACGAUAUUGACAUGGCCGACACGGAGCGCUUCAUCAAGUACGUGCUAGCACUGCCGGCAGGUGCGACGGCCUUCAUAUCCUGGCAGCACUGGUGGAUCACCUGGCUGCUAAAGACCUUCGCGCCCAAUGCGCCUCCGUUCCCGUCCAAGUGUCCUUACAGUCAAUGGGCGGAUCUGCCCGAGUACACACACGGCGCGUGCUACGACUUGGUGUUCCAGCUCGUUCUUAAGCGGUACUCCCCCGAGGACGACUGGCACGCGACAGCCUUCUCGCUGAUGCACAUGGGCUUUGACGGAACCGAAGACUCGGAGUGCUCCUCGGCUCUGGGCCCGAACACAAACCCGACCGGCUGGCACCAAUCGCCUGCAAAGCCCGGUACGGUCAACCUCCCUGAAGAGCACGGUUCGGUCUCAACGUGCGAUACCUGGUGCGACCCGGCCAUCCAGCAGCCGGGGAAGCCGCCGUCUCACUGCAUUGCAAGCUCCUGCAGCAAGUGCUCGUGGUGUUCAGGGAUGCCUGCCGCCCUCGCGGCCGCUCCAGGGCUUCGCCUUUCGAUGAUGGAGUCGUUUGAGCUUGAGGAUGAGGACCGAGCGGCUGUCCCGACCAGCGGUAGCAGUGCCGGUCCCGGUCACUGGUCGGCGAUCCAUUACUUCCAUUACUUCCUCGAGGCGGUGGGCUGUGCGGCCCUAGUGGCUGCAGGUGCAGCGCUCGUGCUUCCGGCUCGCGUCAAGGCGCUCGUGGCGACACGGCUCGACCAGGCCGACAAGGAGGAAGAGAGGCCGUACAUUGCCGCACCGGCCUGA